AUGUCUGUAGACUCGCGUUCCCAUUCACCUACACCCACUUUUGUCUCCUCCAAUGACGGGUCUUCUUUAAAUCCUCCCCCUUCCCCAACUUUAUCUACCCAGUCUUCCGCACAUUUCGCUACCUCUAUAUCCCUUCGGGAGAACAAGCCAGACGAGCGUAGCGGCUAUUCUUCCUUGCACCUUCUCGGUCCAGAUAAAGACAUUCUUCAUCAUAGGAAGCUUAGCUUCGCUAGCUCCCAUGAGGGCCAUAGCAGCUUGGAUGAAACUGAACCAGACCACGGCGGUCGCGAAUAUCUACCCCUUCAACCUGUGGGAUCGGAUCCUGCUAGCACAAUGCCUUCUCCUACGCAUACACACGUUGACUUUGCCUCUGUCCGCUCAAGGUCUCAUCCUGCUAAAUCUGAAAUUUCCAUUGAGGAUGUCGUCACAAGUACUCCUUUGCCUCAGGCCAAUGGAACCGCUUCAGAUAACCAUAAAUCGGACCAAUCAAACGGUGACUUGCCUAAAGCCGAACUCCUUGAAGAUGAUUUGGUGGACCCCCAUCCAUUCAAAUUCAGGCCGGUCGAAUUGGCAAGUCUUCUCGACCCGAAGAAUCUUGACGCCCUCGAGGCUCUUGGCGGUGUUGACAGCCUUCUUGAGGGUCUCGGAACCCACCGUUCGCGAGGUUUAAUCAUAGAUGACAGUCCCGCACCAUCUGACAACACUCCGGGUGCUGGAGUAGGUGCUUCACAAAGGCACGACCGAGGGUCCGAACAGCCUUCCUCGAGGCUCCCCAUUACCGCACCGCACGAUGUUGACGUUGUUAACGGCAACUCCGAUCCUUACUCAGCAUCUAUGCAAGUCCGACGGCUCGUGUUUGGAGAGAAUGUUCUUCCACAGCGAGCGAGCAAAAGCCUACUAGCUCUCAUGUGGCUCGCACUACAGGAUAAAGUUCUCGUUUUGUUGUCUAUUGCAGCGGUUGUUUCUCUGGCACUUGGCUUGUUUCAAGAUUUUGGAACGACCCUGCCUGCUGGUGAACCGCCGGUUGAUUGGGUGGAAGGUGUUGCAAUCAUGAUCGCCGUUCUUAUCGUCGUCGUUGUUGGAUCGUUGAAUGAUUGGCAAAAGGAACGGCAAUUCAAGGUUCUCAACGAGAAAAAGGAAGAACGUGGAGUCAAGGUCAUCCGCAACGGCGUCGAGCGUCUGAUUGACGUGAAACAAGUGGUAGUCGGCGAUGUAGCAUUAUUGGAACCCGGGGAAAUUGUCCCCUGCGACGGCAUCUUCUUAUCCGGGCACAACGUCAAGUGUGACGAAUCAGCGGCGACUGGCGAGUCAGAUGCUAUUAAAAAGGCGUCUUACCAAGAUUGCCUGGCGCUGAAGCAAGCACUAAGCGGUGUGCGCGCUGAAGGCGGCGCCCUUGGAGGGGAGCACAACGACCAUGUACAGCAUGUAUCUGCGCACACGGACUGUUUCGUCGUCAGCGGUAGCAAGGUUUUGGAAGGCGUCGGCAGCUAUGUCGUUGUUGCUGUGGGUACAAAGAGUUUCAACGGCAGGAUCAUGAUGGCUCUCCGGACGGAUGCGGAGAACACCCCUCUUCAAUUGAAGCUGAAUGUCCUAGCUGAAUUAAUCGCGAAGCUAGGAAGUAUUGCCGGCAUUAUACUUUUCUCCGCUUUGAUGAUAAGAUUCAUUGUGCAACUCGCUCAAGGCCUGCCUGCCAGGAACGCCAACCAAAAUGGCAUGGCUUUUGUUCAAAUUCUGAUCAUCUCGGUGACUUUGGUUGUUGUUGCUGUGCCAGAAGGACUACCACUCGCUGUGACUCUCGCCUUAGCCUUCGCCACCAAGAGGAUGGCGAAAGAAAACCUCUUGGUGCGCGUCUUGGGCUCUUGCGAGACGAUGGCAAAUGCCUCCGUGAUCUGCACUGACAAGACCGGUACACUCACUCGCAAUGUUAUGUCUGUCGUCGCGGGCUCUGUUGGGAUUCACGCCAAGUUUGUUCGCAAGCUCGAGGACAACCAGGCUCGCACGAACGCGAAUAGAAGUCCUCGCAGGAGCACUGAUUUGACGGCUCCCUGCAACGACUUCUCCCUUGAUCAGUCCACCCUUAACACCUUUCUGAGUCGACCGCUUCUCGCCUUGUUCAACGCAGCCAUCGCUGUGAACUCGACUGCAUUCGAAGAUGUGGAGCAGGAAACUGGAGAGCGCGUGUUCGUGGGAAGCAAGACGGAGACUGCGCUUUUGAGCUUUGCCAAGGAAUUAAACUGGCCGGACUACAAGCACACAAGAGACGCUGCGGAAAUUAUCCAGAUGAUACCGUUCUCCAGCGAACGAAAAGCUAUGGGCGUCGUCGUCAAGCAUGCGAAAGGCUAUCGUUUCUACGUCAAGGGCGCCAGCGAGAUCCUCACCAAGUUGUGUAGCCGACAUGUUGUCGUGCAUCAGCGUGGAAGCAUCGCCGCCGAUGCUGACGAUGUCGAGACCGCAGAGAUUGAUAGCGUCUCGGAGGAGAACAUUUCGAGAACCAUUAUUUUCUACGCUAACCAGACCUUACGGACUAUCGCGCUGUGCCACAAGGACUUCCCGUGUUGGCCGCCACCAGGAAUGGAGGCCUCUGCAAUUGAUGAUGUGCCAUACGAUGUCAUCGCCAAAGACCUUACCCUUAUCGGAAUCGUCGGAAUAGAAGAUCCUCUCAGAGAUAGUGUUAGGGAGGCAGUCGCAGAUUGUCACAAAGCCGGUGUUGCUGUCAAGAUGUGUACAGGUGAUAAUGUGCUGACGGCGAGAUCGAUUGCCACGCAGUGUGGUAUUUAUACGGCUGGUGGCAUCAUCAUGGAGGGACCCGUUUUCCGUCAGCUUGAUGAAUCUCAGAUGCUCGAGAUUGUUCCACGGCUUCAGGUUCUCGCUCGCUCGUCGCCUGAAGACAAGAAGAUGCUGGUCGAGAAGCUUCGCACACUUGGCGAAAUCGUUGCUGUCACUGGGGACGGCACGAACGACGGUCCCGCUCUCAAGACAGCACACGUGGGCUUCUCCAUGGGCAUUGCAGGGACAGAGGUCGCCAAAGAGGCGUCAGACAUCAUCCUGAUGGACGACAACUUUUCUUCCAUCGUCAAGGCGAUUAUGUGGGGUCGUUGCGUCAAUGACGCAGUGCGGAAAUUCCUUCAGUUCCAGAUCUCCACCAACGUUACUGCCGUCGUGAUCACCUUUGUAACCGCCGUCGCUUCGAAUUCUGAGACGUCGGCUCUUUCGGCCGUUCAGCUUCUGUGGAUCAAUAUCAUCAUGGACACGUUCGCCGCACUUGCGCUCGCCACGGACCCUGCAUCACCUGCGCUACUCGAUCGGAAACCUGAUAAGCAGACGGCACCGCUUUUCAGCGUGGACAUGUACAAGCAGAUCCUGUUGCAGUCCACAUAUCAGAUCAUCGUCAUCCUUCUUUUCCACUUCCUUGGCAUCAAGAUACUUGGCCUUGCAGACACGUCGGGUAAUGAUACAAUUGUGCAGACGCUCGUCUUCAACGCAUUCGUCUUUGCUCAGAUAUUCAACUCGGUGAACUCGCGGCGGCUUGACCGGAAGCUCAACAUCUUCGAAGGCAUGCUCAAUAAUUGGUACUUCAUGGUUAUAACCCUCAUCGAAAUCACGGUGCAAGUCCUCAUUGUGUUCAUCGGUGGCACCGCAUUCCAGGUCACGCGGAUUGGAGGUCGUGAAUGGGGCAUCUCACUCGCCCUUGGCUUCGUAUCCAUCCCACUUGGCGCGCUCAUCCGCUUGCUGCCCAACGGACCCUUUGAACGCCUCUUCAUCCUGAUGCGCCUACUGCCGAAGUCCCAAGGCGGUCUCCCUAAAGUUCGCCCAGACGUUGAAUGGAACUCUGCGAUUGAACUUGUGCGUGACAAUCUCGCCACCUUCGCUAACCUGCGCGGUGGUCGGCUGCGCUCGUCUUCCUUCGUGGUGAAGAGUCGUCAAGCUAGACUACAUGAAGAUAAACGGGUUCCUCUCCCUUCCUUGAUGACCAUGGUGCCGACACUUAUUGCAUCCUCCAUCGGAGCUGGCUGGGCACCACAGUCGCGCGGUACUCUAUCGGACCCUGCUCGUUAUGAUCCCUCCAAGUCCUCUGCCGCCCUCUGGGAAGGCAGACUUCAAAUUCACCCGGAUACUAAGCCAGAUGAUGCGCUUUAUCACACAAAAUGGGGUGGAGGGGACCGUCCGUCUGCGGUAUAA